GAUGGAUUCACCUAGCUGAAGGCGCUCGGUCAUGCAUCCUCACCGGAUCACGAGUGGGAACCCCGUGCUCAACAUCUCCUGCAAUCGCUAGCCAGAUUAGACCAGACUAUCGUCGAUAUAUUGAUAGCCCAUCAAAUAUAUCUUCGAACCUCCUCACUUCUAUCUUUUGAUUUCACUUGGUGGGUACGAUUCAUAUUAGGUGUUACUGGUUAAAGCUUUGUCAAACUCCAAGUGCCUUUGGCAUCUUGAAGAUCAAUCGUUUCUUGAUAUUCGCUAAAUGAAGAAGGAACGAUUCGAGCAUGUUUGGGCAUCGUUCCAUUUGGUGAAACUCUAGAGCGACGUAAUUAUUUCCAAUAUAAUUCAUGAUACAAAUUGGCUUCUUUGCACUCCUUUAUAAAUUCAACAUUUGUCUUCGUUUCACUGAGCCUUGCCUUAUACUUCAGGUACUCGUUGGGAACCUUUAACGCAAAUUUUUGCUCAGAACCUUUCAUUAUAUUGAAAAUUCCCAUUUCGACAUUUGGUAAAUAAAGAAGUAACAAAUUGAGCUCGGAUUUUCACUAUAUUGAAAGCUUCUCGAUAUAUUGAUAUCCUAUCAAAUUUAUCUACGAACUAUAAAAAUCGCGCAUUGGUGAUAUUACUACUGCAUAGAAUUUCGCACGUGGGUCUGACAUGCCGUGUUAGUGGAAGUCAGCUUCUGCGUAGCAGAACCAAGCUCCUACGUUUUCAGACCGAAAUGGCACUAACUGAAGAGAGGGAGGUGAAAUAGUUUUGAUGUAAAAUAAUUUGGGAGUCUGUUCCGUCAUGGUGAAUAUAAAGUAUACCAGUGAACGAGAAAAAAUAUCCGAAAAUGUGAAAACGAUAUCACGGUGUGUAAAAACAACAAUCAAAAGGUAAUGUGGCUGGCUAGUAGUUGAAGAGGACGCGUAGCACGGUGUACCCAAUCAUGAUCUGUUGUGAGUGAUCGAGCACCUUCAGCAAAACCAGUGAGGUCGACUUCAGUGUCGACACAGGUUCGGCGUAGCGCAGUCCACAAAGUAUAAGGAAAAAAUACAUGUUGUGAAUUUCAUGGCAUGAAUUAAAGACAUUAUCAAGAAUUAUCUUACUAAACUUUCAUCUAGUGAACGAAGUAGUGCUUGUACAACAACCUGUCUUUGUUACAUCUGAUAACACAAGUGUAUAAAUACUGAUCGGACUGAGCUGUCAUUGUUACAGUUACAGUCUAUUUCGUAAAAUGUCUGAUCGCGAUUCUAGACUUAGAGCUAUCGAGUCAGCUGUCGGGAUUAUACCGAACUUUCCAGUGAAAGGCAUUCUCUUCCGUGACUUCUUUGGCGUUUUCAUGAAUCCUGUCUUAACCCAAUAUCUAUUGGAUGAAUUAUAUUAUGUGGCUACAUCCGAGGCAGCGCGUAAAUGUAAAAUAGAUGUUGUUGUGGGCCUCGAGUCACGCGGUUUUCUUCUUGGACCAGCACUUGCCCUUCGUCUGAACUGCUCCUUCGUCCCUAUUCGAAAAGCAGGAAAACUUCCAGGUCCUUGUUUCUCUCAUCGAUAUACAUUGGAAUAUGGAACUGAUACCAUAGAAAUCCAAAAGGAUGUUGUCAAUUCUGGUGAUAAUGUAUUAUUAUUGGACGAUGUUUUAGCCACUGGUGGAAGUCUUGAAGCUUGUGUUAAUUUGGUAAACCUAUCUGGAGCUAAGAUUUUAUUCAGCUUGUUGUAUAUGGAACUGAAGAAUCUGUCUGGACGUAAGAAACUAGAAGAUCUUGGCGUUCCUGUUUAUUCACUCUUCCAAGUUUGA